GCCGUCCCGACCGGCCGCCUCGCACUGUCACUAUACCCCACUAUCAUGUCUCGAGCGUCCCCUUUUAAAACGUACUUCUAAAAAUCUAAAUCAAUAUGACUAAAUACAAGUUAAAUAAUACUGUUCGUUCCGGGUCUGAAGUCACUUUAACUGCGUUCAUAAUUGGGAAUAAGGAUGAGAAACAUUAUAAAUUACCAGAUCCGAACCAAAAUGACAAUAUGAGCUCGGAAUCCAAUAGAAACUUGGCCGCGGCGAAAACCUGUCACGUGUGCCCACAUUCUUGCGAGUUCCUGCAGCAAAGGGAGAGGAUAGAAGCGUCUCUAGUGAAACAGGAGUGUGAUAAGUUUGGACUGAAUGAACUUAAAGUUGACAAGACAAGUUUGGACAGGAAUGUGUGUCUCUGCGAGAAGUACAAUGGGGGGUGUAAGUUGUGUCCGAAACCAGGUGUCCCCACUCUGAGUUACGGCCUGGACGGGAAAGAGUCCUGCUUGGCUUGCCACGGAAAUCACUACGUAGCUACAAAUGGACCAUACGGAGGUGGGUUCCCAUCAAAAGCGGACAGCGAGAGCAGUAGCGGAAGCGGAUGGCGACGAGACGCAGCGAGGCGGGCGCGCGCGUGCUGCUCCACCAAGUCGCUACUGAGGCGUGUCCCCAUACUUUCAUGGCUGCCUAAAUACUCCUUUAGGAAUGGAAUAUCGGAUAUUAUUGCUGGUAUAACAGUAGGCCUGACGGUGAUUCCUCAGGCGAUAGCGUACGCUGGCGUGGCCGGUCUACCACCCCAAUACGGACUCUACUCGUCCUUCAUGGCCUGUUUUGUUUACACAGUCUUCGGCUCUGUGAAGGACUCUGCGAUAGGGCCGACCGCUAUAGCAGCUAUCCUGACCAGAGAGAAUCUGCACGGCUUGGGUCCUGAGUUCGCAGUUCUGCUCGCGUUUCUCUCCGGCUGCGUCGAGCUUGUCAUGGGGAUCCUUCAGCUUGGGUUCCUGAUCGACUUCAUCAGCGGCCCGGUGUCUGUUGGGUUCACAUCAGCGGCUGCCAUCAUCAUCGCCACCACGCAAGUCAAGGAUAUACUGGGCCUCAGCUUCCCUGGUGGAAAAUUUCUGCAGGUGUGGUCCGGCAUGUACGAGCACAUCGGGGAGACCAGACUCUGGGACGCGGUGCUGGGCAUCUCCUGCAUCGUGGUGCUGCUUCUCCUCAGGAAAGUGAAGGACAUCAAGGUGAGCCCGGCGGAGGGUGAGGAGGGCGGGUGGGCGCGGGCGCGGGGCGCGGCAGCGCAGGCCCUCUGGUUCCUGUCCACCACGCGGAACAUCCUCGUGGUGCUGGUGUGUGCUGCUCUCGCAUACUACUUCGACACACAGCAGCAGGCGCCGUUUGUACUCACCGGUGAGGUGAAGUCUGGCCUGCCGCAGCUGAAGCCGCCGCCGUUCUCUGCGACGGUGGGCAACCACACGUACUCGUUCGUGGAGAUGACGUCCACCCUCGGCUCCGCCAUCUUCGUGGUGCCCCUUCUCUCCAUACUCGAGAACAUCGCCCUCGCAAAAGUCUUCUCUGAGGGUAAAUACAUAGACGCGACGCAGGAGAUGGUGGCGCUGGGCGUGUGCAACAUCGCGUCGUCGCUGGUGGACUCGAUGCCGGUGUCGGGCGCACUGUCCCGCGGCGCUGUCAACCAUGCGGCUGGCGUCGCCACCACCGCCGGCGGACUCUACACCGGUGCACUCGUCCUACUCUCCCUGCAGUACUUCACGCCCUACUUCUUCUACAUCCCGAAGGCUUCGCUGGCGGCCGUCAUCAUAGCGGCCGUCGUGUUCAUGAUGGAACUCCACGUAUUCAAACCCAUAUGGAGGACUAAAAAGCUGGACAUAAUCCCGGCGGUGGUGACUUUCGGCGCGUGCCUGGUGACGCGGCUGGAGCUCGGAAUCGUGAUCGGUAUCGCUCUCAACCUUGUGUUCCUGUUGUACGCCUCCGCGAGACCAGCCGUCAAAGUUACACAUGCUAUUUCUCGCGACGGUAUCUCGCACGUGGUGGCGACGGUGGACCGCGCGCUGUCGUUCCCGUCGGCGGAGUACGUGCGGCGCGCGCUGCGCAAGGCCGCAGCUAGUGCUCCCGCCGCGGCGCCGCUCGUCAUCGACGCCACGCACGUGCAGGCCGCGGACUUCACCGCCGCCAAGGGUAUAAAGUCCCUGAUCGAGGACUUCCACGAGCGCGGUCAGACGCUGAUCUUCUACAACGUGAAGCCGUCGCUGGCGGGCGUGCUGCGCGGCGUGCGGCCGCGCGAGUUCGUGCACUGCGCGACGCGCGCAGAACUCGACCGGCUGCUGCUGCGUGCGCACGCGCACACCCACGCGACGCACGCGACGCCCACGUAGCAUUAGCAGCGGGCGCGCCCCACAUACAGAUCUCAGCGCGCGACUCCGGCUGUCUUCAGUAUUUAUUGUAUAUAAAUAUACAUUUAUGUAGUUAUUUAUGUGUGCACCUAGGUACUAGUUGCUUAGUGAUUAUUUAGUGAUAUGCGAGUGCAGUGGACGGUUAGAUAGUAAAGUGUUGCUUAUUUGUUGGUUUUUAUAUCGUAUAUUAUUUUUAUGUACAUAAUAUUGUCGGAAUACUGUUAUUCUGCUACAGAUAAGUAUAAUAAAGAUGUGA